AUGUCAUUAAAUGAUAAAAGUUCUAUAAAAAAUAGAAAAACUAAAAAUACGAUAAUAACAGAUUUUUUUCAACCAAAAAGCUGUUCUACGACAUCAAAGCUUUCAGAAUUUCAUGAAAAAAAGGAUUUUUUAGACAAUGAUAAGGAUUUAGAAAAUAAAUUAACAAUCAAUUAUGAUUUUGAAAAGCUAAAUAAUCAAAAAAAUCAGGAGGAAACUCUUAAAUCUACUACUUCUAAUUACCAAUUUUCUCUUGAAACUCUUUUAAAAGAUCAAGAAAACAGGAAAAAAAGAUAUGAAUCAUUUAAUCGUCUGGAAAAGUUUCUUAAUAAUGAGACGACGCAUUUGGAAAAUAGCUCUUCUCAUAUUGGUUCUAGAAUUGAAAUGGUAAUUGGAAAGAAAAAAGGACAAGAACUUCAAGCUGUUCUUGAUGAUAUCAAUAUUUUUAGAAAACAAUUUCGUUGGUCUUUUUUUGGUAAUAAUAUAGAAAAAAUGGUUCCAGAAGACAUACCAAUUGAAGAUUUUGGAUUAAAAAGGGAUAUUUUAACAUUUGAAAAAGAACAAUUUCCAUUUCUUCUAAUCACCGGUUAUUUUUCAGAUAUAGUAGAUUCUGGUAAAAAAUUUUCAAUGAAAUUUGUACAAUGGUUGUUAGACAAUAUUUCAUUAGAAAAAAAUGAAAUGAUGCUUUAUGGAUAUUUUUCUGUUCUUUUGAAAAUAUAUAGUUCACCAGAACAAAUGCACGUUUUAUCAGAAUUCCAAAUUAGACGAGUUUUUUUAUUUCUUGGAGCAGUGGAUGAAGCAAUAGAUAUUAAAUCACCAAUUAAUUCUGUAAAUAUAGAAGACAUUAACUAUAAUAUAGAUCGAAAUUAUCAUUCUAAAAUAAUUAAUCUUAAACUUGUACUAGAUCUCUUGAGGACCGCAUUAUUGCAUAGUCGUAUAAAAAAACAUCAAACUAUUUUAUAUAUUUUUUCAAUUAUACUUAAGCUUUAUAUGGAUAAUAAUUGUUCAUUUUAUUUGGGAUCUUCUUUAUAUCUAUGUUUUUUGCAACUUUUUGAUACUAUAUCAAAUGCAGAAUUUCAAACUAUGGCAUUAGAAUUGUUUAAUGUUGCUUAUAAUAUUACAAAAAACUCAUUUAUGAGAUUAUCUAUUUUGCAAUCGUUACCUAUAGGGCACGCUUAUGGGAGAAUAUUACGAUUUGGACUAGCAUUUUCGAUGUUACUGAAUAUUGAUGCACCUCCUAACAAUUUUCCUCAUAGCUAUGCAUUUCCUUUUUCAAAGAUUUUUGAUCAUAUACAAAUGUCACGACCAUUUUUUCCAAUAGAUUCUGAUACUGAUUAUUUUGAAUUAUGCAUUGCUAUAUACUUGCUAGAUUAUAUAUUUUUUCAACCUUCAUAUCAGGAUGAUCAGGAUAUUAAAAAAAUAUGUAAAUUAUUGAAACAUAUAUAUGAAAAAAUUUCGGAUUGUAGAACUGCUUUUAUUGUUAGAACAGAGGCUAAAGCUAAAAUUCAAAAAUUAUUAUUAAGAUUAACUCAUACUUAUGAGGAUUCCUCAAAAAUCCAUCAGUCCACUCUUGAAUAUCAUUUUAAUAAAAUAUAA